GCUACUUUCUUUUUCUUUUUCUUUUUUGUUCUUCAAUAUGAGUAUUCAACCUGAACCAAACACACACACAGUAAAUGAAAAAGAUGUAUCCAUCUUAGUGCGACAAAAAAAGAAGGAAAGAUCCGAUAUUCGAAAAUCUUUAUGCUUAGAAACAAUGAUGGUAGAAGAAGAAAUCCAACCUGUAGAAAGUCCCAAAUUAACAACUGAAGAGGAUUUAUUUCCUAUAUUAGAGCCUUCCACUGCUCUUUCGCCUAUUGCAUCCACACUCACCAUCAAUCCUUCUAUCAAAACAUCAGAAACACAGUCGACCUUUGACUAUCAUGACUCGGACUCUAUUUUCCCCUAUACCAACAAGAUACACGACACAAGGCAAAGAACCAUAGCAGAAGAAAGCAAGCAAUGGGAGUCCUUCUUUGACCCACAAUACAUAUUGGGUUCUUUUCAACAAGGCAUUGGGUAUCCAAUCAAACACUAUUUUUAUCAAGGCAAAUGGCCUCUCGAUCAACAAGAUAUCGUUGGUAUGACACCUACGCUUCGAAAAAAGAAGUUCAAUCACAUGAUGAAUGGAACACCCGUCUUGAGCAGUCGAUCUCCCAGUAUGAACUCGACUACUUUUCCCGACCUUUUGUUUCCUGCUGUGCCUAGUCCCACUUUACCCAACAAAGAAGAACUCGAGUUCCAUAUUCAUCUUCCCCAACAAGACCAAAGCCUAUCGACGUCACAGCAACAGAUUGAAAUCUUACCUUGUCCUUCUUUAUCUUUGUUUCCUAAACAUAAAAAUGUAGAGAAUGAAGCAUUAUGGAAAGAAAGGCUUGAGUUACUUCGGGAGAUACAGGCAGAAGGAUUUAGUAUGGAGAUGAACGGUACACAAUCUGAUCCCUACAAAGCGUCUGGAAAGGCUGUUCGAUUGCAAAAGCAACUCAAGCGAACAGCCACAAAGAUCAAACAAGAAACAAUGGUGGAAUUAUGUUCAAACGAUGACGAUGAGAAGCAAGUUCAUCAAGAUCAAUUCGCUGUUGCUAUGCAUCCAGAUACCCUCUGUUUACCAGAACAAAAUGAAUUUAAUCAUGAAAAAGAACAAGAGAUACUUUGCUCUGCACGAUCUAGUAUAGACCAAGAGGUGUUUGAGACCAAGCGAAAGAACCGGCCCUCGUUUUUAUUGUUUGCUUGUGGAUUUCUGUUUCCACCCUUGUGGAUUAUGGGUGCGCUCUAUACCCCAAGUACUUCGAUACCAAGAACAGCAGCCAGUAAAUUGAUUGACGAAAAAUGGAAAAAAUAUUCAAGAAAUGCAUUGUUUAUCUUAUUGCUGUUGAUGGUGGGCGUCUUUAUUCUGGUAGCCACACUCAAGCCCCAUAUACUUGGGUUUCGAAAUAGUAAUGAGAACGGCUAUCAAGCUGAUCGAGUGGUGUUUGAUAGUGAUGAUAAAUAGAGUCUGUAAAAUAAACAAACAAAUGACCCAUUUACAUAAUUCGAUUUUGCUGAACUGUUUGUUUUUAUUUGGAAAUGGUUAGAAUGACCAUCUUAUGUUCUCUUGUUUUAGAUAAAUGAUCGUCUAUAAUAGCUUAAAAUGCAUAUGUUUUCAACAACACAAGCUACUAGGAUAACGAAAAAUAGUAGCAUGUUUGUCCAUGAAGUUAUAUAUAUAUAUAUAUAUAUGUAUAUCGCUCUUUUCUUGGCAAAAGGCAAUAGACUUAUUUGUAUGUUG